GGCACAGCUAGAUGAAGAAGGACAGUUUCUUGUCAGGAUAAUUUACGAUGAUUCCAAAACCUAUGAUCUGGUUGCAGCUGCAAGCAAGGUCCUUAAUCUGAAUGCCGGGGAAAUUCUUCAAAUGUUUGGGAAGAUGUUUUUUGUGUUUUGUCAAGAAUCUGGUUAUGAUACAAUUUUGCGUGUCUUGGGCUCAAAUGUCAGAGAGUUUUUGCAGAACCUGGAUGCUUUGCAUGACCACCUUGCUACUAUUUACCCGGGUAUGCGAGCCCCUUCCUUUAGAUGCACUGAUGCAGAGAAGGGGAAGGGACUCAUUCUGCAUUACUAUUCAGAAAGAGAAGGUCUCCAGGACAUUGUCAUUGGAAUCAUCAAAACAGUAGCUCAGCAGAUCCACGGUACAGAAAUAGACAUGAAGGUUAUUCAACAGAGAAAUGAGGAAUGUGACCACAUUCAGUUUUUAAUUGAAGAGAAAGAGUCUAAAGAAGAGGACUACUAUGAAGACCUUGACAGAUUUGAAGAAAAUGGUACCCAAGAGUCUCGCAUCAGUCCCUAUACUUUCUGCAAGGCCUUUCCUUUCCACAUAAUAUUUGACAGAGAUCUGGUGGUUACGCAGUGUGGCAAUGCUAUAUACAGAGUCCUUCCACAGCUGCAGCCAGGAAAUUGCAGCCUGUUGUCAGUUUUCUCCUUGGUCCGGCCUCAUAUUGAUAUUAGUUUCCAUGGGAUCCUCUCACAUAUCAAUACAGUCUUUGUACUGAGGACCAAGGAGGGACUGUUGGAUGUGGAAAAGCUAGAAUGUGAAGAUGAACUGACUGGCACAGAAAUCAGCUGCUUACGCCUGAAAGGACAAAUGAUCUACUUGCCUGAAGCAGACAGCAUUCUCUUUCUUUGUUCGCCAAGUGUGAUGAACUUGGAUGAUUUAACCAGAAGAGGUUUAUAUCUGAGUGAUAUUCCGUUACAUGAUGCGACCCGUGAUCUGGUUCUUUUGGGAGAGCAGUUCAGAGAGGAAUAUAAACUGACUCAAGAGCUUGAGAUCCUCACUGACAGACUGCAGCACACACUGCGUGCACUGGAAGAUGAAAAGAAAAAGACAGACAUAUUACUGUACUCUGUUCUACCACCAUCAGUGGCAAAUGAGCUGAGACACAAGCGUCCUGUUCCAGCUAAGCGGUAUGACAAUGUGACCAUUCUUUUCAGUGGCAUUGUUGGAUUCAAUGCCUUCUGCAGUAAACAUGCCUCUGGAGAGGGAGCCAUGAAAAUUGUUAAUCUUUUAAAUGAUCUUUACACGAGAUUUGAUAUUCUGACUGAUUCACGAAGGAAUCCAUUUGUUUAUAAGGUGGAAACGGUUGGGGACAAGUAUAUGACAGUGAGUGGUCUACCAGAGCCUUGCAUUCAUCAUGCACGAUCUAUCUGCCACCUGGCAUUGGAUAUGAUGGAAAUAGCAGGCCAAGUUCAAGUAGAUGGUGAGCCUGUACAGAUAACAAUAGGAAUCCAUACUGGUGAGGUAGUCACAGGUGUCAUAGGCCAAAGGAUGCCACGUUACUGUCUCUUUGGAAAUACUGUCAACCUAACAAGCAGAACAGAAACUACUGGAGAAAAGGGAAAGAUCAAUGUCUCUGAAUAUACUUACAGGUGUCUUAUGACACCAGAAAAUUCAGAUCCUCAGUUCCACCUGGAGUACAGGGGUCCAGUUUCCAUGAAGGGUAAAAAAGAACCAAUGCAGGUUUGGUUUUUGUCCAGAAAGAGUACAGAGACAGAGGAAACAAAGCAAGAUGCUGUCUGAGCUGAGGGAGGAGGAAGAGGACGCUGGGUAGGGUGCAAUACUGUCUCCAGGUAGAGUGCCAGGCAGUAAAGUUGGGUUAUGGAUGUUAUUUCACAUCACAUCUCCCAUUGCCAUUGUCUUGACGUACUCCUGAAAUCAUACUCGCCAUUUUUCUCCAGGCUGGCUUGCUAUUUUUUUUCGGUAAUGUUUGGUAUUGUUAUAUCUGCUAUGAGCACGUAUUUCAAGCUUUCCAUUUUUUUGAUACGCAUUUUUGCACGUCAGUCAUAUGGCCCUUCCUACCACCAGGUAACACUGAAUAAUAUUUUGUAGUGUGCACGCUACAACUAACCAGUCCAAUCUGAUGCUUCAUAUCUUCAUCUUCAUCUCUGAAGUACAGUGGUUAUGUGAAUCAGUGACAUUUCUGGAAAGAUAGGUAGUUCAGUUGUUGGGCAGAACAAUAAACCAAAAGAACUGUUUUUAAAAAUAAUGCCUAAAGCAGCAUUAUAAAAAUUAUUGUAUCAGUGUUGUUUAUCAGAAUUAGUUCUGCUAUUACCAUGCUUCCCAUUCAUUUUCUGGAUAACACUUGAUGCACUGUAAAUUCC